UUGGUGUUUUGCCUCCCUUCGCUCGUGCAGGCCCUGCAUUCAGACAGGACCACGUACUCCCGGUUUAAGAGCUCCAUCAAGAGGAAGCUGACGGCCAGGGUUCCGGUGGCGAGCAGCCCUGUCGUCACAAGGUGGCAGCAGCGACAUGCAGGAGGCCUCGCAGCAGAGCCGCGCCGGGCCCGCAGCGCGGACCUUUGUGCUCUCCGGGGCGCCCGGCUCGUCAGCGCACGCGGAAGGACUCCAGUGACAAAUAAGAUGCUUAAGAAAUCCUCCAUCAUGAAAAGUGCUGUGACUCUGUCUAGCAGGCACACUGCAGCAGGCUUGGAAGGGAGAAAUGACAGGAAAACUGAACUACAAAAAAAGCAGAAAUGUACUACUCAGCUUCUUACAGUCCAAGAAACUGGAUAUAGCAUGGCAGAAAGUGACAUGAAGGUCUGUGAAAAAAACAGUUGCAUCUGGAAAGGAUGCCAAGAAGAGAUGCAGAAUGAGUUCAGAACUGUUACCAUCAUGAGGCCGUCAGUGACAUUGGAGCCAGAACUGAGGCUUCAUAUUACUGGUUUGCGUGAUGAUUACUAUCUAAACAUAUUGGACUGGAACCUUCAAAAUCUCAUUGCUGUUGCUCUAGGAUCUGCUGCGUAUAUUUGGAAUGGAAAAACUCUUCAAGGCAUUGAAAGCAUCGAUUUAAAUUCCAGUUCCAAAUACAUUUCAUCUCUAGCUUGGAUAAAAGAAGGAACUUGCCUUGCUGUUGGCACUAGUGAUGGAGAAGUGCAAUUGUGGGACAUUGAAAGGAAAAGGAGAUUGAGAAAUAUGUUUGGCCACCUGUCUGUAGUUGGAGCUCUGAGCUGGAAUCAUUAUAUUCUGAGCAGUGGUUCAAGACUAGGAUCUAUUCAUCACCACGAUGUUCGAGUGGCUCAGCAUCACGUUGGUACUCUUUGCCAAAACAAACAAAGCAUUUGCAGCCUCAAAUGGUCAUUAACAAAUCAGUUGCUCGCAAGUGGGUCAAGUGAUGGUACACUGAAUAUCUGGCACAGUGAUCCUGGUAUGAAAGUGCAGUCACAGCCCCUGAAAACCAUACCCCAUUCUUCAGCAGUUAAGGCUAUGAACUGGUGUCCUUGGCAGUCCAAUGUCCUUGCUACAGGGGGUGGAAUGAAAGAUGGGAUUUUGCGUGUCUGGGACAUAAACAGUGAGAAACUCCUUCAGAGUGCAGCUACAGAUUCUCAGAUUUGUUCAUUGCUCUGGUUACCCAAAACCAGUGAACUGAUGACUGGACAAGGCCUUCCUGGAAAUCAGAUGAAAAUAUGGCAGCAUCCAACACUUAUCAAUUCAUCAGAACUCUAUGGUCAUAAAAGGAGAGUCCUGCAUAUAGCCUUGAGCCCAGAUCAGAGGAGGCUCUUUUCUGUUGCUGCUGAUGGGAUAGCUUGUCUGUGGAAAUGCCAUGAGUAUGAAGAGAGCAAUGAAAAAAAAUAAGUUUUUCUUUUUUCUAAUGAUUAUUAGAGCUCAUUCUUGUGACUUAUUUUCCUUGAAAGCAAAUGAUUUUAUGUAUUUCACUCAUUCAGCAAUUCAAAAUGUGUAUUCCUUCCAACUGAAACAUGGCAAAAGAUAGUGCCAUUUUUUCAAGAAUAAAGCAAUUUUCUCCA